AUGCGAUUUUCAUGCAUACCUCUAUUUGCAUGUAAUAGACAAGUUGAUUGUUUGGAUCGAAGGCAGUGUAAUUUACAGAAUGUUCCCAGUGACAUUGAUCGGAAUGCUCGUACUCUUGAGGAAGCAUAUCUGGACUGCAAUCACAUAAAGGACCUUGACAAGCCGUUAUUUCGCUGCCGGAAGUUAAAGACGUUAAGUUUAAGUGAAAAUGAAAUUAUUCGUAUUCCUGCCGACAUUGCCAACUUGGUACUGCUUGAAGAGCUAAAUCUUAAAGGCAACGAUGUGUCCGACCUUCCGGAAGAGAUCAAGUCUUGCACUCAGUUAAAAAUUCUAGAUCUUAGUUCUAAUCCGAUAACUAGAUUACCUUUAACAAUAACGUUAUUGACAUCUAUGACCCACCUUGGUUUGAACGACAUAUCACUUACGCAAAUGCCUCAAGAUAUUGGGAAACUGCGAAGUCUUCGUUCUUUGGAAGUUCGUGAAAAUCUGCUUCGGAGCAUUCCAGCGUCGAUUAGCCAACUUUUGCAAUUACAAAGGCUGGAUCUUGGGCAUAACGAGUUGGAUGAUUUGCCUGAGGAGAUUGGUCUUCUCGCAAGUUUGCAAGAGCUCUAUGUGGACCAAAAUGAUUUAGAAUCUCUCCCAGAUUCCAUUGUCCAAUGCAAGAAUUUGCAACAGAUUGAUGUAUCAGAAAACAAAUUAAGGCAGUUGCCAAAUGAAAUAGGGGAAUUGUCGCAGCUUGCAGACCUGACUGUUUCUCAAAAUUGCCUCGACAGUCUUCCAAAUUCAAUAGGCCGGUUGAAAAAACUUUCAAUAUUAAAAGCCGAUCGAAAUGCUCUCACACAGUUGACGCCUGCAAUUGGAACCUGUAGUGGAUUAACAGAGCUAUACCUAACCGAAAAUUUCUUAUCUACUAUUCCAAGCUCUAUUGGAAACUUAAAGGCCUUACAAACCCUUAAUGUGGAUAAGAAUCAGCUAAAGGAACUUCCUCCAACGAUUGGAGGUUGUUUGGCGCUAACCGUCUUGUCACUGCGUGAAAACAUUUUGGAACAGCUUCCUUUCGAGAUUGGUCGUCUUGGAAAUUUACGCGUCUUAGAUGUCUGCAGUAAUCGGCUUAAUUUUCUUCCUUAUACAAUCAGUGUUUUAUUGAAACUUCAAGCUCUUUGGCUUUCUGAAAACCAGUCACAAGCAAUGUUAAAACUGCAAACUGAACAGGAUAUUCGCACAGGCAUUAAAGUCCUGACUUGCUAUUUAUUGCCUCAGAGCACAUCUCAUGCAGUUGAGAGAUCACCUAAUCGUGCGGCAUUUACGGGUGGUCCAAAGGUUCAUUUCGGGAGCGAUUUGGAAGAAACUGUGGAGGAAGGUGAAGAUGGUCAAGUCGCAAUUGGGCAGUUUUCUCGACAAGAUACACCUCAUCCCAAACCUCAUUCACAUGCACCUAAAUUUAAAAAGCAGUCGAUAGAUGGUCACAUUAUACACCACGAAGAGGAUCAGAAUCAUCCUCCCACCCUAACAUUGUCUUCAUCUGGUCGAAAGCGCAGUAAUGAAGACAGUCCCGUAAGAAAUUCGCCUGAAGCAUCUUCUACUCUUGCUCCUAGCUUACCCCGUAGUGCCUUGAAGCACCCUCCGGUUCUUCCUCCAGCUAUCCCAACUACCUCAGAACAAGGCGGAGACAGAUACGAUUCUGUAAGUGGAAAAAAAGUUAAUUUGCCUGGCGUCGAAACUUUAAGGAUUGAAAUCCAUCGAGACGUUAAUGGAGGCUUAGGGCUUUCAAUAGCAGGAGGCUUAGAAUCAACGCCUUAUAAGAAUGAUGAUUCUGGUUUGUUUGUUUCCAAACUGGCCGAAGGUGGACCUGCACAACGGGCUGGUUUAAAAGUCGGUGACAAACUAUUACGAGUCAAUAGUACCGAUGUUGUUAAUGUCCGGCAUCAAGUUGCUGUGACUUCUAUGCAAAAUGCACCGGACACCGUUGUUCUAACAGUGCUAAGAGACAUGCGUGAGGGUGGAGUGACAUCAGCGGUUGCUGUUCCAUCUCCCAAUCACAGUCUUGAUGCAUCUUUCAUGUCGGAAGAAGCUUCUUCCAUGUCCAAAGAGACAAUAUCUACUACUUUCCGGCGAGAUGCAAAUGGAUCUCCUGGAUUUUCUGUAGCUGGCGGAAAAAGUAGCCCGGGCGAUGCUCCUAUUGUCAUUUCUUCUAUAACGCCUGGUGGAGCAGCCGAUAAGGACGGGAAAUUGCGAGUUGGCGAUCGCGUUCUAUCUAUAAAUGGUACAAAUAUGCGUGGGGCUAGACACGAUCAAGCCGUUGCCUUGUUAACUGGACAUGGUUCUGGAGAAGUUUUUUUGAUUGUGCAGCGGGACCGUAGCGUCACAGUUGCAAGUUCGUAUACACCAAAUCCCGCUGCAAUACCUGUUUCUUCUGUGAGAAGUUCUGUGGUUCCUCCUCCGAGGAGCUCUCCCUCUCGUUCAUGUGGCUUUGGUGAUUCAUCAUGGGAUGGUCGUACUGAGGAAGUUGAAUUAAUAAGGGAAGAUAAUUCUCUGGGCCUUUCCAUCGUCGGUGGAAGCGAUCACUCUUCACAUCCUUUUGGAGUGAAUGCUCCUGGCGUAUUUAUUUCUAAAAUUAGUUCUAAUUCUCCAGCUGCACGAUCUCAGAGGUUAAGAAUAGGAGAUAGAAUACUAGAAGUAAAUGGUAUCGACGUACGAAAUGCAAAGCAUCAAGCAGCAGUAGAAGCUUUAAAGCAAAGUGGCUCAACAGUUCGAUUGCGAGUAACACAUGAACCUCAGCCAGUUGGCUUAAAAGAAGUUGUGCUACGCAGGAAUGCUGGAGAGCCUCUGGGUCUUAACAUAUGUGGUGGAAUUAACAGCCCACCGGCCAAUCCACUUGAUAAGACCGAUGAGGGUAUAUUUAUUGAAAAGGUUGAACCUCAUGGUCCUGCUGCUAGUACGUCUUUAUUACAAGGAAUGCGCAUUCUGGAAGUAAAUGAUGAGUCUUUAUUGGGUUGCUCGCAAGAAGAAGCAGCGAAAGUUUUACGGCGAUCAGGAACAGUAGUGAGGCUACUUGUCUGUGACGCAUUCACUUUCUCGACUUCUCUACCCAUUAGAGGAGACCAAGGGAUUGGUAAUUCCUCACCACCUUUACCUAGAAUACAAUCACCUGCUAACUUGGGUUCACCCACUGAGAAGCCAAAUUCCCGUGUAACGUCGCCUCAACCAAAACCUCAAGAUUCAGGAUGUAAUCCGAUGCUUGAUGACGGCCCGUUGGCUACAUCUUCGCCAAUCCCACCACACUCGCAGAUUCCAUCAACUUCUUCUGCAUCGGUUUCACAACCGUCUGUCUUGACAAAUAGUCGUCUUAAUCCUCCUCCGGUUGCUCCGAAACCAAGAGUCAUUUCUUGUCAGGAUGGUCUUCCUUAUGGCUCGUUGCCCACUGAUGGACAUCGUGAAAACAGUUCCUUUGAAUCUCAUCAAGUGUCUUCGUCAACUUCGGAUCCGGAAAAGCUGGGUUUUUCAUCGAAACUGAAGAAAUUUGAGCGCGAAAUCGAAGUCAAAAGGCCUCUGGCUGCAUCUUCAACCAAAAUACCUAUUCUUCCAGUUCGGCAACAUUUUCAUUCUGAUGGAAAAGAAAACGUUGACAAGGGAAAGGAAAAUGGCGAAGGUGACGAUGCAGCUGUGUUUGAAUCUUCCUUAAACAGUAGCGCAACUGCGCAUGAAACUGCGCACAGAUCUCUUCCGCUGGUGGUUCGGACAAAAAAAGCAGAAAAUCGCAUGUUGGCUGCCUCACCAUCACCUAUUCCACCUGGUGAACCAUUAAAUUGUGUAGAAGAACGGGCUUUGGAACUUCAGAAACGGCAAGAAUGGCGACAGGCUAGAUAUAAAUCUUUAGAAGCUGAUUCAGCUGCGGCAGAACAAGUGAUGAAGCAAGUGCAACAGAUCAAUAAUAGAUUGGCUAACAUUUCUGAAGAAGCAAGCGUGUCUCCCUUAUAUCUUUCCCCUAACGAGAGAAUUUUGCAAAAUGAAACGUCAGUAGAAAGAAAUGAAUAUAUUGAUCCGAUCACGGGAGCAGCUACAACUUCUCUUGUAGAGAGGAGUAUAACCCAAAGAGAGAUUGAUACCACUGCAUCCUUAAUGAAUAAUGCUGCUGAAACAUCAGUUUUGAAUUCGAAUAUCAAGAACGAGCUACGAUAG